AUGGCAAGGCGACUUCAGACACAACGGUCCCAGACUGAAGCCAGGGCGUCGCGACGGAAAGACAAGACGCCGUCGGUUGGUACGCUCGGCCUAGCGUACUUAUCAACCUUCUCGCUCCAGGAUACCGCCGGUCUCCAAGCUGGGAGUUGGAAAGUGCCCACCCUAGACAGAGAUCUGGACGUGGUUCCCUUGUCCUCAAAGCCCGCCACCACGAGCUUUAUGAUUAUAGACCAGGUCCUUUUUAGUGUCGAUGGGCUGAAUGGGAGUGAGCAAGGUCUCAAUCUUUCUGAAAGCAAGGGAAUGCAGGGGGGCAGGGGUACCGGACACAACACACAUUCACGGUUUGUCCUGGGAUUUAAAAAACCAACCCCAUGCAUCGGAGGCGUUCAUUAG